UUUUAUAUUUCACCAGUUCUCAUCGUUCGUACGAGUGUAUGCGUUUCACCGUUCGCGUAGGUAUUUUAUACGUUGCAUAGAAAAAAUUUAAAUAUUUGAAAUAGCAGUGAACAAAAGAGAAAUUUGACAAAUAGAAGCGAUGCAAAUUUUUUAUCCCGUCAUCGAAUGAAACAGGAAAUUGUUUCUUUUCCUAGACGGAAAACGAAUUUUUUCCAUUCUCUCGAUGAGAAUGUCAUUGCGAGUCGAUGGAAAAUUUCUUUCAAUUCACGAAGGAACGGUUCGAACGAGACUUACGUAAUUUUCGCAGGAUUGAAACAGUCGUAAAUGAAGGGAUGAAAUUUUCCUCGUUUCCGCAUAAUUGGCUCGUUAUUAUCGCCCUAAUUGGACUAUUUUUUACCGAACGUUCAACAAUGAAAGACACGUACACACAUACAUAUACAUAUGUACGUACACUGUACUUUGAGUAAUAUUUAUGAUCGAAAUUAGUUUUGCGUAGUUCGCGAACCGUUUAAAUUGAUCAAUUAACUGGUCACAAUAACAAUUUAAUUGGCGCCUUGUUACUCUCGCGGAAAAUUUAAUAAUUAACGCGAGUAGCUCGCGUAAGAAAAACGGCAGAAGGAAACAGCGUUGGAUGGAAAAUUACAUUGCCCGGGAUAUUCAGCAGAGGAGGUAUCAGCAUAAGAAAGUGGCGAUCAGAAUUUCGGACCGAUGGAACAUGACGAGUAGAUCCGUGAAUUAACAGGUGAUUAAUGCGCUCUAUGACGCACGCUUAAUGGAUCGCGGUCGAGCCGUGUAAUGCACGCGAGCGAACAGCACGAUUUUCCUCGCUGCUCGAAUUAAACGGACGGACAGGAAGAGCCCAUUUGUACGUUUUAAUUCUCGGCAGCGUGUGAGCGCGCCUCAGGGGCAGAUAGGGAAAAAAAGGAAGUGUACCAGCGGAGAAGGAAAAAGGAAAAUAAAUAUAUAUACGAACUCGCCGGUUCGGUAACGCGUUUCUUCGCUCUCUAAACAGCUGCAACAACGUUCAGAGGUUUCCCAGUGAGCGGUGGAAGCAGCGAUCGUCGAUUUCCCGCUAUAUAACUCGGAAACCGAGUGACCCGGUUUCUCGGGAAGCAACGAGCCGGCCAAUUUCUCGAGGAAACGCAGACGAGCCGAGCCGAGCAGUUUCGAAUUAUGACCAAAGCGAAUACCGAUCGCCGGAGAAUAUAGUGGAAACACGUGGCUGGAGCCGCGCGCGAAAGAGCUUAAUCCCCGGGAGACCGAUUUCCCUCGGCGAUAUUAAAACUCCGGGGGAUCGAAAUUACGGUUGCCGGUACGGUAAAACCGUACAAAUGGAUUCGACGAAUCGAUAAUGCGCGAUUGUAAAUCCUGACCCGUAGCGAGUCGCGUGUCUGAUGAAUAAUACAAUUCUUCCUCUCGCGUUGAAUCCAUCCAAAGGGGAAAACCGUCGGAUAACUUCGUAAAACACUUAUAUCGACUGACACUGUUACGCGGGAACCGUAGAAGACGACAACGGUGAACCGCGUCGCGUCGUGUAAAUAUUUCAGUGUAAUAACCUGUUCGACGACCGGCGCCGUGCCGCUGUUGAUCGAGAGCCGAAAUCGCGAUCAGUUAUGACGUUGGACAGCAGUGAUUUGCAUACAAGUCGACGAUAAGCUACGGGCAACGGCGUGACAGUGAUGUGGGUGUAUCUCGAUCGCGAUUCCACCGUUACCGCGGCUGAUCUCUGCGAGUAACUGAUAAGGAGAUCGAGGUGUGUUUGCGUUCGGGGCUCUUCUUCGCGAACCUGUGUCCGGAAGACAAACACCGGGAAGACAGGAUGAAGAACAGACGUGGAAGGUGGCUCUGCUUUGCGCUGCACUUGGUCACGUUUCUUUUACAUCACACCGAGUGUGCGGCGAAGAACGGUGGAUCGGUGGUGGAGCACCAUCCGUCUUCUUACUGGGAGCAAACCUUUAGCCAGCCUUACUUCGACAACACGACGAAGAGGGAGACCACGACAACCGUCGGGCAAACCGCUUUCCUGCACUGCAGGGUGCGCAAUCUGGGUGAUCGUGCCGUCUCGUGGAUCAGGAAACGGGAUUUGCACAUUCUCACCGUGGGAAUCUUAACGUACACGAACGACCAGCGUUUCCAGUCGGUGCACAGCGACGGAACUGACGAAUGGGCCCUGAAGAUUACUUCGCCGCAAGUCCGAGAUAGCGGAACGUACGAGUGUCAGGUCUCAACUGAACCGAAAAUCAGCCAGGCUUUUAACUUAAGCGUUGUGGUGUCGAAGGCGAAGAUCAGCGGGAACUCGGAGCUUUACAUCAAAAGCGGAAGCGACAUAAAUCUGACCUGCAUCGUAUUGCAGACACCUGACCCGCCGUCCUUCAUUUAUUGGUACAAGGGUGAACACGUGAUAAAUUACAGCCAAAGGGGUGGCAUCAGCGUGGUCACUGAAAAGCAAACGCGAACGUCGCGUCUCUUGAUAUCCAGGGCGUUACCUGCUGAUUCUGGAAAUUACACGUGCGCACCGUCUACGGCCGAGUCAGCCAGCGUCCUAGUCCACGUACUCAAUGGGGAGCAUCCGGCUGCGAUGCAACACGGGAACUCGAGCAAUAGCGGCGCAGCAACGAGGACGCUCGCGUUGCUCCUGUUGCUUCUGCACGCCGGCUCGUUCGCGAGGUGACUGGUCGAUCACGAGACCUUCCAAUAAAAACGCGAGCAGAGAAGAACGCUGUUUUUCUUUUAUGUAAUCGAACGGAGGCGAGAGGAUGGAUAGAUGGAUGGAUGGAUGGAAGGAAGGCAGGAAGUAAGACAGGAAGGAAGGAAGGAAGGAAGGAAGGAUGGAAAGAUGGAUGGAAAGGGGAUCAAGAGGAGAGAUGAAAGAAGCGCGUCGUGUCUCAACCAGCAGCAAUCACCUUGAGCCCUUUAUAUAUCACUCUCGAUCAUGCUUUUAACUAAUGAGCAACGAAAGAGCAGCCAGGCCAUCAAAGAGACUCCCUGUGUGACCUGGUGAACUGACAUCUGACUGCUCGCUGCUCCCCGUGGACGUAUCUGGAUCGUCUUGACCUAUCCGUCGAAGGAUGCACUAAUCCCAACAACGGUGUAUAUACCUAGCCAGUUGUUCUUCGUUCUACUCCUCGUUAAAUGUGCGGCGUCGAUCAACGGUUACACGUGAGUGAAAACAGUUCUUCUUUGGUGGUGGUAGUGGUGGUAAUAACGGUGGUGGGUAGUUCUCUUGUCCGGGACGACGUCGAGCCGGAUCGUUGUGAUUGACAAGCAGCCGCGGGUGGUUCGCGAGUGUGCUUCUCUUUCGUUUCCGCGAUGCGCUGGGGUGAAAAACGAUGAAUAGAAUUUCGAGAAACUUGUAAAUGGGUGUUUAGACACGACGCAGUUGGACUCGGUGCGAUCCACGGAACGCUGUCCGCGAUAAUCAAGGAUCUGUGCGGCUUCUUCGUCCUUAAUUAACAGACACGCCGCGUGUCUGCCAAGUUGGACGACUGCCACGUUUUUUCCUUACUCUGACCCCCCCGUUUCCCAUCGCGAGACGUGCAUCCUUUAAAUCGUUUCGUGCUUUUAGAAUUCCGUCGAACGAUCAACGUUCAGAGAGCUGUGCGAUCGAACGAUAGACGAAAUCGAUCCCGAGACUCGAUUCAAUUUCUGUUAAAUACUCGUGGAGAUUUCUAAGGGAGCUCGACUCGAUAAAUACGUUCUGUGUAUUCAUGGUGUGUAGAAGACGUUUUUAGAAAUACAGAAUCUGCAUAUGUAUGAGUCGAACGUCAAAGAAUUUCGACGUGACCAGGCAAGUUAAACGUAGAAUUUGUAUAAUUCCCUUAUCUGAGAAUUGUACAAAUAGAAAUGAAUUAUUAAUAAUAUGCCUGCACACCCCGAACAUUUUAAUUUUUAAACAAUGUUUUUCGUUCGGAUUCGUGGAACUCCAUUCUUGAUUAUAAACUCUAAGGUCAAUAUAAAAGAGAUUUUCAAUUUCUUAUGAACACUGCGCUUUAUAUAUUUUAUACGAAACGUAGUGAGAACGCUGAAGAAGAGAAAACCACUCGAGGCCAUAGAAAAGCUCAGUCGUGUACACUAUAACGUAAGCCAAGCAGUGAGAACUAAUCAAGUUAUUGUACAAAUUCGUGCACACUCGCGCCUGAAUUGGUGUUAACGGUGCAUGAUUACCGCCUUUCUCGUCGCGAAAGAACGCUGCUUUUGAUCGGUAACAAGCUCGCGCACGCAGGUCGGACAAAGGGCUUGUUCUAUAACAGCCCCACAUACCGCAGUAAUUCGCGCGAUUAAACGACAGUCAGCAGCACCUGGCUUAGCAGCAGACGGUUACAAACGACCGACGUACGAAGAACGAAAUGAAUUGACGUCGGUUUACCAACGUAACACUUUUUUCGGGUAUCAAUCGGAGGAGUAUAAAAAAGAAAGACCCUGAGCGCGAAUAGAUAAAAGUCGGACGAAUUCCGGUAGAGACGAAUUGGUGACCGCGGCUGGGAAACGUGACGGUUGACGAAUUGCCGGAUUAUAGCGGUUCCCGAGCCACCUAAUGAGCGGGAUUUCCUUUUUAUUAGCUCGAGACUUUUUCCGGAUUCCGCGCGGCUUUUCUGUUUAUUCCCGGCGGCGGAUGGACUACAGGAAAAUUUAUGGCGUUUCCGAGAGGCUGUGUUAACUGCUCGAAUUAAAUUCCCCUAUCGAAACUCGUUCUCGGUCAGAGAUAAUUCUAAACGAACUGGGAAGACCAGAAAAAUAUAUUCGGCAGACCUCAAAAAUAUAUUCUACUAAUCACUCAGCUUGUCUUCAUUCUGCUUUUGCAUUAAACAUUGGACGCACGAACUUAUGUCAUUAUUUCGUUUAAAGCGGCACGCGUUGAAUGCAACAAUAGCCGCGGAAGUAGAAUAGAAGUUCGCUUAACAAGACACGGAAAAUAGAACAUGGGAACGCUGGUAACAAGUAACAUAGGUCUUUGCGUGACAACCGGGUAGAAUAGCUAUGCAUAUACUUGAGGAUAAGCUGAAGCUGGAAAGAUGAAUUCUUUUAUACCGUCUUAUCCCCAGGCUGACGAUGUCGACGUCAGGUUGACGAGCAAUAAGCUUUGAAAUUCGUUAAUAAUUUCGUACAUAUUGUUCAUAUACUUUUUUCUCUGCAAUGAUCAGUUCAAUAGUUAAUACAAAAUUAUAGAAUCAAUCGAUACUAUUUUUAUUCCGAUAAAGAGAUUAAUAUAUUCGAAAGCAUAAACGCGAUGCCAGAAUGCUAUCAAGUCGAUGCGUCGUCCAGCUUAUCCUCGAGUUUUUUUAUCAGACGUAAACACGAAUCGCGGAUAACCGGAAACGUUUUACACGGGCCGAAGUUGCGGAGAACGCAGCACGACGGCGACGACGACGCGGCCUUCGCGGAUUCCCGGAUAAGAAGCAACGUAUUUUCCGUGGCCCGGCGUGACCCGAAUAUUACAACAAAACCUCGGGUCAGGAAUUCCGCUCGAAUGCCGGAAGCGAACCGCUGUCUUCUCUUCCCGGCCCUCAGGGCUCCUCCGCUUGAAUUUCCACCCAGACAAAUAUUUAGAACUCCAUCGAGUUCGUGCUCUGAGCAACAUCCACCGAUCCUAGAUCUGGAUGCAUAGUAAUAAUAUGCGGCCAAUUUCGCCGAUUGCUUUUUCUCAUCUUACGUAAUAAACGCGUCGGUACGGCCCUUUUAAUUAUACUUUCACCGACUUCUUUAACGCAGCUGAUUCUUAACGGUAACAUCGAAGAGAAUCUAAAUUGUUUCGAUAAUAAUCAACGAUUGUCUAGUUGCAUUCUUAUUUGUGAAAACAGCGCAUCUUUAUUACGAUGUAAUGCAACAAAUAUAUUUCAGUUUGUAAUUUUUCAUUUAGGCAUUUUUCACAGUCAAUUUCUAACGUUUCACUUGACGACGUUUUACAAAAAUGUAUAUUUGUGUAAACAUCAGCUGUCUGCUUAUUUGCACAUACGACAAUAGACGUUCUCUGACCAUGAAUACAUCGAAACGCGAUUAGCGGUCGACGUUGAAAUUUUUUAAUACGAUUCACUCGAAUAUUCGCUGAAGCACGGAAUCGUUGGGAGAAGGCGAAAAACGGUUGGAUGGAACAAUCAGAGCUCUGUUACCGUCGGUUCCGCCGACGUUGCGUAAAAUUUGGCUACGGAUUCCCCGGCCCGAAAAAAGUUGUCCGCGACGGGAAGAAACGAAUCCCAUUUGCCUGGCGCUCGUUCCUUUCAAUAUUCCUCUCCCUCGCGUUCUUUCGAAUCCGGACCCGAGGGAAUCCAAGGGAAGAACCCGGAUUACCCGACACCGCCGCAUCGUGGCAGAUCAUUGAUUUCGGAUCGAUUCGCGAGGCCAUCCACAUAUCCGUGUACGUAUCUAAUAGUAGGACUCGAUAAGUUCUCUAGCGUUAAGCAACGCGUUACGUACUCUAGCGACGAGUGGUUUUAUGCUCCUGGAACGUUCCUGUCGUUCCCGACGAAUUCUGUCAAUGUUGCACGCGAGUGUGAAGCAAGUGUUGGGGACUCGAAAGGACUUAAAAGAAAUUCAACUGCGAAUGAGUGUUGUGCAAUUAGCGAUUGCGUCGCGUCUCACGCGGCAAUUUAAGAGACGUCGAUACACCGGAAACAAUUACUGUACGCGCGUAAUAAGAAAAAUUGCGGAAGUUCCGAUUGAAUCGCUGAGUUCAAAGCAGAAUUUCCGGUCUUGAAGAAAUUCAGGCGAUAUUCAAAGCUCUCUAAUGCUUUGUACCAUCAAGGAAGGUCGAAAAUUUGUUGGACGAUUGGAGUCGAGUCCGUAAACCCGAUCACGGAGUAAACUGUUCAUCCGGGGUGCCUCGAGGAAACUCUAUUUCAGAUGUUGCCGUUUCUCGGUGUGCUUAUACUAGGACUUCCGACUUGAACAUUCGGAUUAACGCGUAGAAAGUACGAUCGAUUGGUUCCGAAUAACUGGAAUGCCUUACGAAUGCGAAAUUAGCGCGAACGACUGAUUAUCCCCUGAAAUCUGCACGCUAAAGUAAUUAAUUGCCCAGCAACGACUAACCAUCGGGAAAAUUGAAUAACAAUUCUGAAAUAUCUGCUUCCUCGAUCGAGGGUUAAAUAUUAAUAAACAGACUACGGACGUUUAUUCGAAACAUGACACUUGCGACGUCAAUUUAGAAAAUGAAAUCCAAAUAGGGAUUUGCUUGAUCCUUUUUCUAUAAACGACUAAAAUCCGUGGUCUCAAUAAAGAAAAGUGUUAUUAUUGAAAUUGUUAUUAGAAUUUAUUAUCGUUGAAGUUUAUAAACGAAAGCCUUUUGGAAUUUGAAAAAGCGCGGAACUUGGCAAUUUUUUAUCGCGCAGUUUAUUGUAUCUCGCUCGUACAAUUCUAUCGGUUAUGUCAACGACUAAUAGAGAUUGUAUGCCGUGGGAUUCAUUUUACUUCUUGCGCAUCUCGUUUCACCACCGUUUCGCGCAAACAAACGAAGCGGUUUGGCGUGGCCCAGUAAUUGGUACGAUGAACACGUAAAGUUACGUGAUCAGCCUGAAUAUUGACGAAUGUAAAUAGACGAGAUUGAUUGAACGUUGCAGCGCGGUGGAAACGAUCACGUCGACCCAUAGCGCUGGCAGUUUUACAGCCGGUGUUCGAUUCGAACUCGCGUGUAAUCCUUAAUCGCGUGCCGGACACGCAAGAAUUAUUGCCAGUAAAUUUUUAUGCGGGAUUAUCGUUUCAUAAAUCUUUAGCCUUGUCAAUAUUUCCUUUGAAACUGAAUUUGUUCGUAUUAUUGCCGACGAGAAUGAUUGAAUCAAAGUAAUCGGCGACGAAAUUCUCUCAAACAAUAGAUCUGCGAUUCGCGCGGAGCGAAACGUGUACUUGAGAAUACACGUCGCAAAUGGCUCAGAGAGCAGAGAUAUCUGAGAGCAAAUUUUUCCAUGCUACGUGCGGGGCACGUCAAUUUUUUUUCCGUUGGGAAAGCGAAAAAUUGACUCGUCGGCCUGACCUCUCUGGCGUCGUAACGGGCGACAGAAGCGUGCAAAUAUAUGUAUAUGGAAACGAGCAGGCAGAACGAUAAACGCUCCAAUCGUCCGCGAAUUUUUUCACUAUUUUAUUUUAUAACUGCAUAGGCGUGCGGAUCGUAUCGUCGCCGUUCCGUGCUGCGACCAUGCGUGCACGAACAGCGCUGUAAAUAUUUAAUCGGGCCGCAAAUGUUGAUAAUCGAAGAGUCUCUGAUGAAUUUCCGGUGAUUAGAACCGAAACGAAAAUUGUUCGGUGAAUCGAAAGAGUCUUAUUGUCGUCGGAUGAAAAUUUAUCAAAGCAUCCGGACAUCGAAACGGAAGAUAGUAACACAGUUUCUUCGAUAUCUGAUAGUGAUACGAUGCACACAGCGUGCAGUAAUUGUUCAGAACUGGUCUCGAUAACGAGUACGAGUUUGGCACGUUUGAAGGAUCUGGUAUUUAGAGAACGACGGGAAUGACGUGAAAUGAUCAGCGCGCAAAGGGUUGAAAGUAGAACACGAUCGCCGUUUCCGAUAUUUUAUUCGAACUGCGUUCAUGUCCUAGGGUCGCGUCCGUCGGAUCAAUAUUUCUACCAACUUUUGCAACUAUACACCCGCGACUUCCUUCCUCGAUUCCAAUGAAACGAGAUGUUACCCCCCCGGCCCAUCCCGUAGAAGUUUAGCAGAUUAGCAGAGGCGGCUCGUGCAUAGACACUGCCGAACGAACUGCCCCAAUCUCUUUCGGUAUACAAUUUUCGUUUGUUCCUACUUCGUUUCAUCGUCAACGAUCCUAUGCGAUUCUCUUGUUUCGUAUGAAAUAACUGUGAAAAGUAUACCGCGUAUCCUUACGGUAUCACGAGCCGUCACUGUGCGUUAGUAAAGGGAAGCGACUCGUCGCCGAACCUGAGAUCGGCGCCGAAAGCUCCGCGUCGCUCGCGAGCGAAUCCUUUUGCAUUCCGUCACAACGUCGUUUUUCCAUCCCCGCAUAAUCGCCGAUCUGUCUAAUUGUAAUCAUCGAUCAGCUCGCUGGAUCGAUUCUGACGUAGGUGAUCGCAUCGAGUACCAACGAACAAGCACUACACAUACUAUACUAAUAGUUCAUCCUCGAGAUUCACCUUUCUCGCGAAGAGGUUCGCAUUUUUUCUAUUUUAUAUCGGACAUACGGACACGCAUACACACGUGUACACGCUCCUAUACAGACACGGACACGAGCCAUUAUUCUCCGCGUUGGAAGUUUCCCGAGAUCACUUCCAACGCCCACUACUUGCCGGGUAAACGGUUAAAUCGCGAUGAUUGUAACUCCUACGACAUACACGGACACACGAGCUAAUCGAAUGACUGGUAGCGAGUAAGUUAAUCGAACUUGUAACGAGAUCAAUUAUUGUUAGCGAGCGGUAAACGUACAUAUGUUUUAGUAACACUAAUCGAGGAUGUUACAUUACUAAGUACUAUUCAUGUAUAUAUACGUAUUAACAAUAACAAUUUACCGUUUAUGUUCAAUCCAAUUGUACCAGAAUUCGUAAGCCAAUUAAAGAAUAACGAUUAUUUGUGGGAA